UAACGCCCCCUAUUUCCCGAUGGUUUGACCUUAGUUAAGCAAGAAGCGACCUUGUCAGUACAAACUUGUCACUUGCUGAUGCAUCGAAACUCCGUACGUUUUACCCGAUUGAAGAAGAUACUGAAGGAUCACAAACGUUAUCACAGCAAGCAUAAUGUUACGAAGCCUCUCUAGACAACUUUUGGUAUCUGUAAUGAGACAACGUUGGUACUGUACAGUGACGGAUGGGGAAACACGGCUAGCUAACAUCCUUAAGGUCAAGUUUCCUGGAGCAGUAGAAAUCAAGGUCGACGACAUAUCAGGGGGUUGUGGUGCCAUGUAUGAAGUCCACAUUGUUGCAGACGAGUUCAAGGGAAAGAGAACAGUUAUGCAGCAUAGAAUGGUGAAUGAGGCUCUGGCAGAGGAAGUAAAACAAAUGCACGGCAUCCGCAUCAACACACAGCCCACACAAGAGAAGGCAGACAGCUGACCAUGACCAUGGUGGAUUGAACUAUUGCAGAAAUUUGUACUGUGUCAUUAUAAAUCCCAUGCUUCAGUAUAGAUUUACACAAAAUGCGUCCCUCGUUUGUGAAUGUUACACCACACUGAAUAGAAUAAAGAUUGAGAAACUCUUAUUUUCUCUCUCCAAGUGGAGCAGAAUCUGACAUAGGAACCCAACUGAAAUGGUUCGCACACAGCGAGGUAUUGAGCAACAGUUGCUUCAUGGAAGAAAGCAUUAGGUCGCAUUAAUUCCAAGUUAGUUGUCACUGAAAUGGUGUGAAGUUAUGCCCUGUGUGACUUUGCAUGUGGGUAAGUCACAUGCUUGAGAGCAGAAGAACUGUGUGAGCUGUAGCCGUAAUAUGGUCUGUCGUUACAGGGAAUGAACAAUGUAAACAUGUAUUGUUCCUAUUGUUCAAAUGGCACAGAGACUGUCUUUCCUUGAAUUUUGAUUCUUUUUAACAAAAAUGAAAAGGUACAUGGAGGUGAUGUUUAUCAAGUUUAAUGUUGACAAGACAUUUCCUCUUGUAAAUUUUGAACUUAAAAACAUGUAUGGAAUGUAUUUAUUGAAUUGUUUCUUAGUUACAAGGUUUUUCCUAAGAUGUGCAGAAGUUCUCAAUUAAAAAAAUUCUGCUGC